AUGGCCUUUGCCGCAAAGAAAAGGGCGUUUGUGCAUGCCUUCUCAUCCCGCCAAGCGUUUGUCAAGGCCCUCGAGACGCGCACGGACAACGCAGACGGCGAGACGGAGCGCAGCCGCUGGAAGAAUGAAGACCUGGACGUCAGCCCGCCCGCGCACCGUACGUGGACCCUCUUGGACUAUGCCGGCUUCUGGGCGUCGUAUGGCAUCUCGCCGGGCACCUGGAGUGUAGGAAGUGCGCUCAUCAGUGUCGGCCUCAAGCCGUGGCAGGCCGUCAUCUGUCUUUUCGUAGGCUAUUUGUUCGGCGGCAUCGGCGUCGUCCUCCACUCCCGCGUCGCCGCCGUCUACCACAUCGGCUUCCCCGUCGAAGCCCGCGUCACCUUCGGCCUCCGCGGCUCCUACUUCCCCGUCGUCCUCCGCGUCCUGACCGCCCUCAUCUGGACCGGCGUGUCCAUCGUCCAGGGCGGCUACCACACGGCCGUCGUCUUGCGGUGCAUCUUCGGCGACAGCUACUGGAACAUGCACAAUACCAUCCCGGCCAGCGCGGGCAUUACCCUGCCGCUGUUCAUCGGCCUGCUCGUCUACUGGAUCCUCACCUUCCCGCUGCUCAUGGUGCCGCUGCCCAAGUUCCGCCGCCACGUCGAGAUCAACUCCCUCCUCAUGCCCUUUGUCAUCGGUGGCCUGUUCAUCUACUGCAUGGUCGAGGGCCGCGGCGCGCCGCAGACGAACCUGUCGACGGUCGGCGGCAUCUACGGGCCCGACCUGGGCUGGGCCAUGGUCGCCGGCAUCAACGCCAUCAUGGGCAAGACGUCCACGCUCGUCGUCAACCAGCCGGACAUUGCGCGCUACGCGCGGCGCCGGUCCGCCGUGCUGUCGCAGCUCGUGAGCCUGCCCGUGUGCAACACCGUGGGCGCCACGCUCGGCAUCUUUGCCACCAACGCCAUCCACAACCGCUGGGGCCACCUCGACUGGAACCCCUGGACGCUCUCGCACGACAUCCUCGACCACCGCUGGGGCCCCGGCGCCCGAGCCGCGCUGUUCUUUGCCAACGGCUUCUUCAUGUACUCCAACGCCGUCACGGACAUCGGCGCCAACAUCGCGCCCUUUGGCGCCGACUUUAUGACGCUGUUCCCGCGCUGGCUCAACAUCAACCGCGGCAUGUGGGUCGCCUACGUGCUGAGCGUCGCCAUCAAUCCCUGGUACAUCCUGGCCUCGGCCUCGGGCUUCCUGACGUUUCUCGGCGGCUACUCCAUUUUCCUGGGCCCCUUUUUGGGCAUCUUUGUCACCGACUACUUUGUCCUCCGCCGCGGCAACAUCGACGUCCCGUCCCUCUACGCCCCCGGCGGCGCCUAUUGGUACACCGGCGGCAUCCACUGGCGCGCCCUGGCGGCCUGGGUGGUGGCCGUGGCCUUUGUCGUGCCCGGCUUCGCGGCGCAGUUUGGCCACACGCUGGCGGGCGCGGCCGGCUGGCACCACCUGUACCAGUUCAGCUGGUUCUAUGCCGUGACCAUUGCGAGUGUCAUGUACUUUGCCCUGUCAUUUGUCGGCGAAUACGCGCCGCGCGAGCGCAACAUGGCGUUUGAGGCGCUGGCAAGGGAGGCGAACGAGACAAGCGUUUCUGUUGUCGAUAUCAUUGAGGGCGAGACGGCCAGCCAGGAGGCGUCUGACAAGUCGGAGAUUCCCGAGUCGGUGGAUAAGAAGGUGUAG